GCGUCGACAGCGCCGCUUCAGUCAAAAAAUUAGGUUUCAAACCAAAUAGCGAAUAAGUAAAAAAAUGUAGAAAAUAAUGGAAAUGUACGCGAAGCAACGUAAUUUCAUACAAUUGGCAAAGGGCACAGCAACAUAAAUCCGUGAACAAAUCUUAUUCCAUCGAUCAAAAUACCAUCAUUUGAGCUGAAAUUUGACAUUUCGAUUGCAUUUAACAAGUUUGACAUUCAUCGUGUGUUUGAAGAAAAAUUAUUUGCAACCAAAAACCCAACACUUUUUUCUGUAUAAACGAGAACGACAAAAUGAUAAUUAAAAUGGUUUUUGUUCGUGAAGUGAUGUAACGCAAAAUACUUCAUUCAAUUGAUAUGAAUUCGAGUGAGACUUUAAUCGAUCAAAAAAUGUCGCUAAACUGAAUUGUUUGAACGUAAUUUUUCGCUGAUUUUUGAUAAAUAUUGUGUGAUUUGUGAGAAUUACUGGGCGAAUAUCGUGCGAAUAAUUCAUAAGUGAUUUGUCGACGCCACCUCAAAUUAAAAUUGUUUAAAAUAGCUCUGUUUACAGUGGCACACCACUUCGGAGUUUUCUUUUUUGUUUUGUUUAUUGACCGAAUUCGAAUACAUUACGCUUCUCCGGCACGUUAAGUGCGAACUGUAAGCCGACUUUAUUUAUUGUAUCCGACCGAUUAACACAGAGAACUUGCUAACUCACGCUAACAAUUUAGUUGAAAUUUAGCGAAUUCCGCAGAGCUACACGGUCCCUGUAAAUAAUAAUUCACCAGACACUGUGCACGUCAAAUGGAUGAAUGUAAUGCAAACGACAGUAUAAUGUCUGACUCGGACUGUUCCUCCGGUAGCAAUGCUGAUACCUCGUCAUCGGAUAGCGACAGCAAUUCGGAAACAUCGAACGUUAUUUUGGAACCAGCUCGAAUACUGAAGCAACACCUGGAAUUGCCGAAAGGCCUAUGUGACAAUGUAAAUAUUUUCAAUGAAUUCUUCUCUCUGGACACAUGGAACAAUUUACCGGAGCCGAUCAAAGAUCAUUUAGUCAGUUUUCUACCAAAUUUCACCACCGACCCGCUGGUCAAUCGACGUGAACAGGAUGCAACCGUAGAGCGAUUUUUCAAACACGAAAUUCAUCGAUUCGGUGCGUCGCCGUUACGUGAUUUCCAGAAAAAUCUGGAAGAAGGCAAUUUCCAACCGGACAUAUCGAGACUUCGGUCGAACAUCCAGAAGUCAUUGCGUCGCGAACAGAAAUUCCAGGAAUGCGAACACUUGAGCCGGCUGGCCAAAUCGUUGGCAUUGUCCCGAGAACGGUUACUGAAAGCUGCCUACGAAUCACCGUACGGAGCAACGCUCAAAGUGGAACGAGUCAUUCAUGGAACCAAUAAAUUGUCAACCAGUGCAGCGGCUAUGCGCGCAAAGAAACGGUAUUUUCAAGAUAUUACCGUCAUUUCCGAGGACGUUGGAUUGAAUCCGUCAUUGACGGAUGACGAAAAUUAUCCAGAGGGACCACCGGCCCAAUUGUCAAGGAAGCAACGAAGACAUCUCAGUGGCAUUCAGGGUGGAGCUGCAAGUCCCGGUGCUGAAUUACGGAUACUGGGAACAUUAUCGUCACAAGGUGGUACAUUAGAUCAUUUGGUUGGACCUGGUGGAACAGCCGCUUUGUCCGAAGACUUCUACCGACAGAUUAUACAGCAACAUCGGAAGCGGAAAGUUGAAGAAUCGGAUCAUCCCGAACUGGAUACGAAAGGCCUUAAUCUCAACGACAUCUUCGAGAGAACGCAACUGUCAGCCGGCCAUCGACGUCAAAUAGCUCAGGGAUCCAAACAGGGUUCCACCAAGAAGGCAAUCAAAAUCAAAACUGAACCGCAAAAUUCCACGACGGCUGCAUCGUCACCGCUCGACAAUUCGGAACAUCACAUUUCCGGAUUCCAGCAACAGCUGAACAAGUCACAGUCUCUGCUGAUGAUCGGUCGAAUGAAUUCGCAAGCCGGAAACAGUGACAGCGACGACGAUUUGGACAUAAAACAGGAGCGAAUAUCACCGACCGAAUCGAAAUCGGCCACUUCACACCGGAACAAUCACGGACCGAAGGCGAAACGGAAAAUGAAUUCGACGUCAAUGGCAAAGAAGAUGGCCAAGAAAAUGAAACUGAGCGGAAAUGUGCCGUUAGGCCAUUCGAAUGCAAACAGUUCGUCGGUUCGUAUCAAAGAGGAAAACAUUACCAUCCACCAUGAGCCGAUUGUUAGCAUAAAAUCCGAACCGGCGACCAUUACACCAUCAAUAACCACGAUGAGUAAAUAUGUCAGCUCGGCGAAGCCCGUUACACUAUCCGAUCUGGACGGCAUUGAUAUGAUGAAUCUGCCCAUCGAUUUGGAAGACUGUUCGAACAUCGACAUCGUCAAUGACGUCGACGAUAAUCAAAUUGUGUACAGAACGCCCGAAUUGAUGCAGGAGACGCACGUUUGCUAUUUCUCGUUGAUCCGAGACAUUUUCUGCUCGACGCAAUACCACCGAACGACAAUGGACACAUUGCAAGAUAAGGUGUCGUCAUGGCUAUCGAAUCCAAUAACUGCCUUGAACGAUUGGUACAGUCAAGCAGACGACUGGUUCAGCUUACUCUCAUCGGCGAUAAACUUUCUGGCUGGUGACUUUGCCGACCAGCCGGAAGAUUUCGUUCCGUAUUUGGAGUACAAGAAGAGCAUGCACAUCUAUCAGUGGAUCGGUGCCGGACGGGACAGUGAUCAGCACUUGAGUCCGUUAUGUGAGUACUGGCUGAACCGACGAAACGAAAUGGGCGCCACACAAUCCGGUUUCAGUGACGACGAUGACAUGCAAUUGAACGAGUUGUCGCAUGGUAAAUACAACAGCGGCAGUGAAUUGAAUGACAGUGGAACGAUUGCCGAUCGAUCGCUAUCGCCGUUAUUGCCGCCACGUUGUCCAACCACUUGGACUGUUGGAAAGGCGAGCGCUGCCGAAAUCGAAGAGUUUCGUCAGCAAGAACGUCGUCGAUUUGAAAAUCCUCACAUGUCGUUUACGUACCGCAUGCACGGUUACGAAAGUGUGGUGGGUCCGGUGAAAGGAAUUUACACUCAACUGCCAGCGUUUACCAAAGCUCGCGGUCACAAUAUGCUAACGAUUGACCGGCCGAAUUUCGUGACAAUUCUGACAUUGGUGCGAGAUGCUACGGCCCGUCUACCUAAUGGUGAAGGAACGAGAGCUGACAUCUGCGAACUACUGCGAUCGUCACAGUACAUUAAUCCGGAGGCGGCCGAUAAUGUGCUGCAAACCAUUGUCAGCGGUGCAUUGGACCGGAUGCACACGGAAAAUGAUCCGUGCGUCAAGUAUGAUCCGAAGCGCAAAAUUUGGAUUUAUUUGCACCGUAACCGAACGGAAGAGGAGUUUGAGCGAAUGCAUCAGCAAUUCCAAGGGAAGAGUAAGCACAAGAAACAAUCGACGAGGAAAAUCAAAACCAUCAAAACUGGUAAAGCCUGUGUCAUUGCCAAGCCAACGGACGUUGUGCCAAACAUUCAACAGAAAUCGGUUCUGGUUCCCAUUACACGAACUGCAACAGUUCUGCCACAAACUAAGCCCAAUGUUCUUUUCCCAUCGACACCAAUCCAGGCGACAGCUAGACUAUUACCAUCCUCGCAGGUGGUUGUGACCAAUGAACCGAAACUGAAAUCCGACGCUCAACUGAUUUCAUCUCAACCGUCGUUCCAACUCCCGGCUCUCAGUUCCAUCCAGAGUCCGUCAUUGGUCCAAAUAUCGAAUCAGCCACCACUGCUCAACAAACUAACGUCGAAAAGUCCUGCCAUCAAAGCCGAAUUGGUUCCGAUCAAACAGACCAGCAUCCAGAAGAUGGACAGAAUGGAACAUAUCGAUGUGGAAGCGUCACUGGAAGCACAUACGACGCCGAUUUUAGUGAACAAAAACUCGCCGCAAAUGCCCAGUCUGAUUGUGGACAAUAAAUUCUCAAAGAUUAUCAAUCAAAAGACCAAGAAGCAAGUACCUGCGUUGGUGACACCGUCAUCAAACUUACCGAAUGCAAUGUCGUCGUUAACAACUGCCACGGCGUUGUCGUCGACCACCCCAAUCAAAGUCUCUACAUCCAGUGGCAUCCAAACGGUGCACGUUUCAUCGGCGUUCACCGUGCCCGGCAAAUCAAUGACGACAAUGACGUCGGGACAGUCGAUUCUAAUCAAUCAAAAUCAGUCGCAACCUCCUCUCUACGUAACAAAUAAGAAAAUCAUCAAACCGCCACCGUUGGUACCGCAAUCGUCACCGUCAAACCAGAAUUUCAUUAUUCCCAUCAACAUCAGCCUUAAUCAGCCGAUCAACAAAGCGGCAAUCAAUCAACAGAGUGCUAAGUUGAUCAAAACUACAAUGCCAGCUCUGACGAGUACGUCAGCACCAAAGUCGCUGUUACAACAACAACAACAACAACAACAACAAGUGCUCAAACCGAUCCAACGAAGUGUGCAACCCGGUAAGAGUCUAAUCAAUCCAUCUGUGGCCGCGGCAAACAUCACACUUCAACAACAACAGAAGCUACUCAGUUCCAACACACCGAAUGCUCAAGUUCAAAUCAGGGCACAACAGCAGCCAAAACUCACGGCAACUACGGUUAAAGCCCAAGGAACAACAAUGUCACCGGUUCAGCAGCGGCAAAUUUUACAGAACAUAAUUUCCCAACAACAAAAGCAACAAAGCCAGCGCCCGAACAUGAUCAGUUUGGUGUCGUCGAAUUCGGUGAUUGUAAAUUCAACGCAGUCCAACCAAAUACAAGGCUCCCAAUUCCAAGCAGCUAUGCAAUCGCAACAAACGCUGCAACAGUCAAAGACUGUAAUCGUUUCGCAACCAAAUUUAGUUCAAAAAAUUGUCACCAAUCCGCCCACAAUAGCCGCAUCCAUCAAUUCCACCACAUCCACGCCAUCCGACUCAAAUCCAAUCAAUUCGCAAAUCAUUCAAAUCCAUCAAAUGAACCAACAACCCGGCAAAGUCCAACGUGUUUCGGCUGCCAGUCUAACGCCACAACAGCAGCAAAGCCUCUUGCAAUCGAUCAAACAACAGCAAAUUCGAGUUCAGCAGACUGGUUCACCGCAACAACAAAGUCUGAUUAUAAAGCAGCAGCAAGUGCUGCAACAAAUUCAGAAGCAACAGUCAACGUUGAUUCAACAGCCAGUUGGUUCGCCGAAGCCAGGAACAUCACUGCUCACGUCAAAUGCUACAAGCCAAGUGCCAACGAUCAUUGCAUCAGUUCCUCAAUCGAUGUCAACGUCCGUGCAGCAGCCACAACAGACCAUAACUCGAAUCGUCAAACCGGGAACAGCUACACUCGUUUCGUCGAGUGGCCAUCCAGUGUCCACAGUUCGAGCGACCACAUCAUCGAAUGCUGUAAUGGCCAAGGUGUUCACCAAUUCUGCCGGACAAAUCAUUUCUCUCGAUAGCAUCCUGCAGAAACAAGGACUCGCUCCCGGCACAACGUUACGAGUGGCUGGCGCGAAACCUGGUCAAACGAGUUUAAUUCAAUUGGCUAGCGGACCCGGUUCACAAAUCACACAAUACGCUGUGGUGUCGCAACCACGAAAUUUGAUUUCAUUGGCUCAACCACAACGAUUGAUAACGACACAGGCUGCAUCGUCGACCGUGCAAACGACGUUGGCAUCAGCUGUGAAAACGGAAACGGCUACUGCAGCACGUCCAGCAACAAUCUUACAACAAAUUCAACAGAGUCAAAGCGUGGCAAGUUCGACGCAACAACAACCGAAAUUAGUCCAAUCGAUAACGCCGCAACAGCUAGUGAACGCUACCAAAGUGUUAGGUGUGCAAAGCGUUCUACCCGGCAAUCGCUUGAAGCCGGGCAUACGCAUGGUGAACGCAUCGAAUUUGAAUGUGGCCCAGUUUGCCGGUAAACCGAUCAUCAUAGCGAGUAAAACAGCCAAAACUGGAACCACACAGCAGCAAAAUGUUAUAUGGCAACAGCAAGGCACAUCCGGCUCGAAUAGCACCAAUUAUGUGAUCAGUGGACAGUCCGGUUUGAAGGUGCAAAAUAAUGUGCUGUCCCAUUUCGAACAACCGACAUCGCAGACGCAAACUGUUAUGUUUGGUAAUCAAGUAGUGCGUCUCCAAUCACCGAAUCAAAUUGCUGUGACAAAUAGUUUGGCUGGCAACAGUAGUGGCAGGACAGUCAUGCUGGGAACCGCUGGCCAAACGAUACGCGUUCAUUCACCUGCCCAACAGAAUCAAAUCGCUGGUAGUAAUCAGCAACAACAGAUCGUUUUACAGCAAGGCGUUAAGACGGCCGUCAAAGUACCGCAAACCGUUGCAUCAUCGGGACAACAGCGAGUGGUACUAACCGUUCAAGGUGGAGGUCAAAUUAUUUUGCCACAAAAUUUCCAAGGCGGGGCGAUCAAUUUGAAAUCUCUGCAAGGUCUGAAAGUUAUUCCGAUUCAACAGCAAAACAAAGGAACAAACGACGAUCGUCAGAUAUUUGCCCAAAUCAUAUCAUCUCCACAAGCACCUCGGCCGCCAAACAGUGGCGAAAGCUAGAAUUAAGAGUAGUAUUUAAAUGUUGUGUAUUUUAGACGGUAAGUGCGAGCUAGAUUAUUAUUCCCAUAUUGUGACAAAGAAAGAGCAAAAUAAAGAAAACAAAAAAUUCGUGUUUGCAAAAAUACCGAUUCAAAGGCAUGCAUCAUACACACAACAACAACAACACCUAAUACUGCUGGAAGUAAUAAUCUAAAUUGAUUUUUUAUAAGUUAAAUUCGAAUUUUAUCGAUUCUCCUCUCAAUGUAAAUAAAAAAUAAACAAAAAAUGAUUAAUCAAUCGACGAAUUGAAAGUGGUGAGAGCAUGAUGUGAAUGUUAUAAUAGGCUAGGAGAAUGGUGUGUGCUUUUCUCAAUUUUAUUUCGUAGACCGUUUGGGAUCGAACGCAAAUGACAUCAAUUGUAAUUAUUUUUUAAGACUUAAUUUAAAUUAUGGAAAGAGAAACAAUUCAUUUUUACACGCAGUAAUUACUACCCUCCUCCCCCCCAUCUUAAUGUUUAGAUUUACUGAAUUUAGCGUGUAGCUGAUGUACAUGUAUGAUAUUUGAAUAUAAUACUAAAAUUAUGGCAAUAACGGUUCG